CCCUCUCUCUCUCUCUCUCUCUCUCUCCGAAGCAGUCUCCCAGUCUGUCAUUUGACCAGGCAGUUCACAGAGGCGAGAGCUGAGCACCAAAAAGAAAACAGAGAGAGGGGAGUGCAUUCAAUAUAACGAUAAGCUCGCUGGAAUGUUUCCUUGGCUGUUUAUCACCAGCUGAAAGAAAAAAAAAAAACCCCAAAAACACCCUGUGAGUGUGGAUUUCUUCUUUGCCGCUGCUUUUUGUGGACUCUUUUCUCUUCUUCUCCGUCUGGAUGUGGGCUUUAACUCUGUCUGCAGUCAACUGAGGAGGAGGAGGAGGAGGAGGAGGAGGAGGAUCAGCUGUCACCUUUUUGGGGGGAUUUUACACUUUAAGGAAGGAACCUCCACUUAAGUGAGGGUGAGAGAGACAGAGAGAGAGAGAGAGAGAGAGAGAGGGAGAGAGAGAGACAGAGAGAGAGAGAGAGAAAGUAGGAAAAAGAGAGAGUGCCGGGCCAUGCCCACCUCUGCUCAUGGUUCAACAGCAUGAAAGGGGGCCACCAUCACCAUCGCCACCACCGAGGCUGUGGCUGCCAACACUUGUUCCGUAAAGUCCUGGCCAAGUGUGGCUGCUGCUAUGCCCGAGUCAGAGACUCGUACUCGGCAGCAGGCAGCGAGGGCAGCAUCUCCACCUCUGUGGCGUCGCUGCCUCCGCAGGCAUCAGGCAGUUCGGCCCCCAGCUCCCCGGGCUCCAGACGCUCUGUGAGCACCCUGAAGAAAUGGCUCACAAACCCUGUCCGCAAACUCAGUGCCGGGGCCACCGCCAAAGGAGAGCGACAGGUCCGCAAACUUGAGGGGAAACCUCCGCCUCUUCCAUCCCAUAGCCACAGCCAGGAUCUGGGCAGCCCCCCGAGGCCUGACGAGACUCUAACCAUCCUGCCUGUCACCCACAGAGAACUGGAGUGGAAAGAUGGCCUGGCGAGCCCAGAGGACCUGUCACCGGCUACACUACAAUCCCCCAGCUAUAUAACUGACUCUCUGAUUGGCUGCACGUCACUGCCAAACACUCAGGACACUCAGUCCACCAGUGUUUUGCCAGAUGACAGCGGCUCUAUGUUGAUGGACGACACCUCCAGCCAAUGGUCAGCGGCGGCUGACACUGAGGAGGAGAGGAGAAGUGCCUUGGAGAAAAGCAUGUAUGUGCUGAAGGAGCUUAUUGAGACAGAGAAGCACUAUGUGGGAGACCUGGGGCUCAUAGUGGAGGGCUACAUGGCCACGAUGAGCUCCAAAGGAAUCCCGGAGGACAUGAAGGGAAAAGACAAGAUUGUUUUUGGGAACAUUCACCAAAUAUUUGACUGGCAUAAAGACUACUUCCUGGGAGAGCUGGAGAAGUGCUUGGCAGAGCCAGAGAGACUGGCUCAGCUCUUCAUUAAACAUGAGAGGCGUCUGCAUAUGUACGUCGUGUACUGUCAGAACAAGCCCAAGUCGGAACACAUUGUGUCAGAGUACAUCGAGACGUACUUUGAGGAGUUGCGGCAGCAGCUGGGCCAAAGGCUGCAGCUCAAUGACCUGCUCAUCAAACCUGUCCAGAGGAUCAUGAAGUACCAGCUGCUGCUCAAGGACUUCCUGAAGUAUUACACCAAAGCUGGGAUGGACACGGAGGAGCUGGAGAAAGCAGUAGAAGUGAUGUGCUUUGUGCCAAAACGUUGCAAUGACAUGAUGAAUGUGGGCCGACUACAAGGCUUUGAGGGGAAGAUCACAGCCCAGGGCAAACUGCUCCAGCAAGACACCUUCACCGUUGCCGAGCAUGACAGUGGCUUCCUGUCACGGGCCAAGGAAAGACGGGUCUUCCUGUUUGAGCAGCUGGUCAUCUUCAGUGAGCCGAUUGAUAGGAAGAAAGGUUUCUCACUCCCCGGUUACAUCUUCAAGAACAGCAUAAAGGUGAGCUGCCUAGGGGUGGAGCCCAGUGUGGACGGCGAUGAUGCUCGUUUUGUGAUGACAUCACGCAAUCCUGAUGGGAGUGUGGUGCGCUUCCAGCUGCAGGCCUCUUCCCCUGAGAUCUGCAGGGCCUGGGUCAAUGAUGUGGUUCAGAUCUUGGAAACCCAGCGUAAUUUCCUCAAUGCCCUACAGUCACCUAUUGAGUACCAGCGGCGAGAGAGCAAGUCAAAUAGCCUGGGCCGCAGCAUGAGGCCCCCUCUGUCUGCUGCCAGUGCUCUGCGGCCCCACUCCUCCGCCUCCAUUGACCGUCAUAAGCUGCCCUCCCUUCACUCUCACAACACGUCCUUGCCCACGCUCUACCUGCCCAGCCAAGGCCAGGGCCAAGGACCCAGCGAGACGUACUCACUGCGGGACCCCACUGUGGUCCAGCUGUGCCCUGCUGACUCCCAAACUGUUUCUCCAUCACACGUCCAACUGGGCUUCACUGAUCAGCCAAACUAUCAAGCUGUGUCAAAUGGGCUGUACACACCUACACAAAGCGCACAGCAGAGAGCAGGAGAGGGCUGCCGAAGGGGUCAGGCUGUUGAUGGGAGCCAGGGUUCACUGUCGGGUCCCUCUGCCGGACGACGCCCCAGCAACCUGGCUCAGCUAGCUGAGGACGACCUAUGAACUCUCACGCUAUCUGUCCUCUGGGUCAGGAGGGCAGCAGCUAAUGUUACAGCUGUGGAGACAAGAAGACUUGUCUACUGUCUGUUUAUGCCAGGCUGGACCCUUACCUGGUUCAACAGUGAUUUCUGGAGAAUAAUGAAGGAACCCGAAGGAACAUAUGGAGGAAUUAUGAGCUGCAACCAUAACAUGACUUGCUUGCUUGAUGCUCCUGUUUUUAGAGAGCCAUUUAAAGGGAGGCGACUAGCCUUGGACACCUUCAGUGUACAUGAACAGCACCCAGUGGGAUGGUACUGGGCUCAGAGCGAAAAAACACUCAGUGUUAUGGCAAUUUCUGCUUUUUACCUUUUCGAGAGUGUGUAUACCAUACUCUUCUCUCUUUCAAAGGGCAAGGGGGAGUUGUUUCAUGAAGAAUUAUCCAUUCCUAAUUGGGGCGGUCACUGGAGUUACGUGUGUGCCUGAAUGUUGUGCAAUGAAGUAUGGAUGUGUUUGUGUGCAUGAGAGUGUGCAAGGAGUGCCUGUGGCUCUUCUCGUACUCUCUGGUAAAUUUUCUUGAUAAAGUUUUUUUUUCUCUGAUGCCCCAUUGUGAAGACAAGUACAGCUACGUAAAUAUACUUUGUCAUUCCCCUGCUGACGACUGAGUUUGCUGUUUAUGUUGACAAGAACGGGAAAAAGGCAGAACACUUGAUGUGAACAUGCUACAAGGACUCACUCGAAUUUCAUCUGAGAGUGAAUAACUUUCUUUCUCGCCACAGUGUUGAGAGCCUCUGUGCUCUCUUAUUCUGUUUGACUGGCCCUUGUUUGAUCUGGACAAAAAAGGCAUGAGGGAGCCCCCUGGAGGUUCUCUGUGGGUAUGACGUCACUACAGAAUACUUUUUGCUCUUUGGGCAACUCCUGAGGAGUUGCUAGAUAGGUGCAUUCAAAGGGACUGCUGUGCUGACCCAAAGUGUUGCAAGCAACAUCUCCUUGGUGAUUGACUGGCUUCUUUACACAGAUCUUUCUUUCCAGGCCGGAGUGGAUUUGGGGACACGUCCUUAAAAAUGCAUUGGUUUAAACUAAUAUUGAUUGUUUUACUAGUCCACUGUUGUCAUGUCAAGGCUGUGCACCAUUUCUAUAAUCUCUGUUAGCUUUUUCCCUCAUGGGUUAAAUACUGUGCAGUGCAUACCAGAAAAGGCAAUCAUACAUUUCCACUCGUAAGAUGAAGAAUGACCCAGGUAUGCCAAGAAACAUUGUUACUGCUCCAGUUGGUAGAAAUGAAGGAUAACAUGCUGCCGGAUAAACAGAGUGAUGCUGACAAAUCUGCAUGUACCCUCUUCCUCAGACAACAGUGCCAAAAACAACUGCAGCUCACCACUCAAACGUUUCAUACUCAUACUUCUUACUCCAUAGUUCAGUUUGCCACUGCUCUUACAAAACAAUCAUAGAUACCUGUGUUACUAUCUGGAUUGUAAUGCCUAAGUGACAAAAAGAGGAGAGCGGAGUAGGUGAAAGGGGCCAUCCUGUCAAUAUCAGGUCAGUUCUUUUUGUGGCCAGUAGAGGUCCCCACAAGGCUUUGACUUCCAGUUUACAGUAGUUUGAUCAUACAGCUGCACCAAAGAUCAAUAGGCCUCAUAUUUCAGUUCCUACAUUGAAGCUGCUUAAUAAUCUGUCCAAAAAAAACAAAACAAAUCAACAACAAUAAAUGAUUUAAAGUAAACUGAAAGGUGAGACAUCAGGUGAGCUGGACCGUCUUCACAGAAUCUGCAUCUUUACUCUGCAGUUAAUGUGAACUGGUGAGUUUUCAUGGGAAUUACUGAUCAGGCAGUUAUGCAUGUCACACAAAGGAAUACCACUACAGAGAACCAAAAGCAAGGACGUAAAACCAAGAGAGGGUUGGUUAAUGCCAUGUUUGACUGAGUAGAAACUGUUGUAUCAUAUCAAAUAAAAAGUGUCUUUUUGA